CAUGAAGUCGCCCAUAACACUUCACAUGGUUCUCCUGAUUUUGUCAAUUACAAAGGUUAAAGGUGAUUUUAUUGAAUCGACAUGUCAUUAUGAUAGGCGAUCUGAUACACUUAUCACAUUUGUCGGCUUCUUUUAUUUCAACAAAGUUGUCGAUCUCUUGUCUCGUUCGACUGGUUAUAUUAUUGCUGGAAAUUAGCUGUAAAUCAAUUAUUCCUUGACGAGGAUCCGCUUCAUACAUACUUAGUCUUGUUUACAAUUUGCUUGAUACUCUUGGUAGCCAGGUGCCCUUUGUUAGAUCAUGAUGUCACAGACAAAUAAUAGAUGUAAAAUGGUUGGAAAUUAUUAAAAAUAGCGAUUCAUGUAGAUUUUUCCUUUAUCCUUUGCUUCUUUGGUCAUAGCAGAUAUUACUUACGGAAUACUAGAUAGUCUCUCGACACACAACAAGGAGAGAUAACUCAGAGAAAUGAUCUCCUUAUCUUCUUCCGUCCCUAAUGUGGCUUGAAAAAAAUUAUAUUUCAUGUCAAUUCACUAUAACAAAAUAUAAGACGAUGUAGAUGCAACCCCUAAAUCGUACUAUCCCACUGCUAAAUGAACCUAUCAUUUUUUUUUCCAUUACUAUGUUUUUCCACAUGAACCAUUAGACAUGAUCGUAUGCUUUUACAGUUACAUAUUCGAGUAACUGAUCAUGGAUCAAAAACAGAAUCACGGACAAUACAAAGGAGAGAUGCGAUCCUAGUUUUAUUUCCCAAAAUUGAUCCCAAAACGAUUAAUAGCAAAUGCGAUACUUUUUUUUUUUUUUUUUUGGUACAGAAGCAAGGCGAUACUCGCUGUUAAUAGUUUCUUCGUUUUUUCCAAUUUGGAAGGAUAAAUUGAUUCAUUUUAAUGGAGUCUCUCUUCAAAUAGAAUGUGGAGGGAGGUAAUUUCGAAGAAGAGAAUAUGAAGAGAACAAACAGAGGGGACAAACAACACAACUAAUGAGAGAGUCGCCCGCAAGGCGCAAAUGGGUUUCUUUUUCCCGUUCCCGUCGCCGGCCAGAAGCAGAGCGGCGGAGGUGGCGAAAUUUUGGAGAAGGAUAUUUACUUACGUGUGUGUAUAUGAGUUCGAUGAAGGCAAAGUUGGAGCGGAGACGCAACAUCAUAGAUAUCGGCGAUGAUCCGAUCGGCCGGAUCGCAGAACUGAGAUGAGAUGCCAUUCUCCAAAACGGCAAAAACGAUGCAUCGGCGGCAUGGCCCCGCAUGGGACGGCUAAAGGGAUCUUCCAUUUUUUUACAACUUAUUUUCAACAGAGUUGGAGAGCAUUUUGAAAAUUUUUAUAUAUCUUCAUUCAACGUUUUCUUGUUCCACCUAUUUCAAAUUUGGAUGCAAUUCGAUAAGAAAUAAGAAUAGAAUUUCAUUUUCAGGUCAGGGUUUGAUUGUAUCGGGUUGGGUUAAUGGGUUGGCCAUAUGACAUGGCAAUUUCAGUGACGUGGCGGGUAGAUUUUCACCAUUUUUGAUCUAAAUGGUGUUGAUUAGGCGCUCCCGUUAGUCAUGUCAGCACAAUAACGGACUCAUCUAACGGAGUUGGACGGAGACUAACGGAGAGUGACUAAAUGUGACAUGUUUUAGUAUUUUGAGUGACCAAAAUUUAUAUUAAUUUUUUCUAGUGACUAAACAUGACACAUUUUAGUAAUUCUGGUGACCAAAUGUGGUAUUUACUCAUUUUUAUCUUUACAUUGAUAGGAAGUCCAUCUUAAGAGUCAAAUGUGAGAUUUCAGAGCCACGAUAUCUGUAAAUCAAAUCCUCUUUGCGUGUUCAAAGAUUUGGAAUGUUGAGAAAUUGUGCUAGUUUAACGCCCAUUAAUAGAGUACUCAGAUGGUUAUCAUGAUCUUAACCAAAUCGGUUAAACCUAAAUUCUGAUAGUCAUUAAACAAAACAAAGUAACUUAACCACACCAACCAAAUUAACCAAACCAAUUAUUAAAUAGUUUGGUUAAUUGAUUUAAACAAUGUAAUAUAACUUUACAUGGAAUUAGAUCACUCCGUAUAUUCAUCGAGAACUCUACAAUUAGUGCUAAAAAACAUGUUCCAAACCCAUUUGUGAAUAUGAGUGUAGCAAGAACAUCUCUUACCAUACCACUUAAGACAGGAAAUAUAGGGCUAUUCACCUUCCAUCAGUUUUCAAAAGAUGUCAAAAGUCUUAUGUCUGAUGCCUUUCUUAAUCUCAAUCCUUACUGGUCGGCUACGUAACCUUCUGCCCUAUAUCGUCAUCUUUACUCAAUUAUGCUCAUUUUGCCUUAAACCCUAACCACUCUGUUUUCUGGGGUUUAACGGCUUUCUCAUUCGGGUAUCCUCUUUGUCUACUUCGUUUCAUUUAUUCUGCUAUUUAUCUCAAAUUUCCGCUUCUGGGUUGCAAUUUGAUCGUUCAAUGUCUGCUUUCUGCUCUAAAAGUUAGCUCCUUUAUUUCUUACUGUCACCGUUCUUUUGGUUGGGUGAAGGCUAAUUUGCUGAGAUACUGAACCAAAAAUGGUGAGGCCGUUUGGGGUGAAGGGGCAGAAGAGGAAGAGGAAAGAGAAAUAUGACAGAGAUGAAGAAGAAGGGGAUGAAGAUGCUGCAGAGCCCACGGUUCAGGCAGCUUCGAAGAAAGCUGCUGUAGAGGAGAAGGACGAGAAGGAAAUGGAGGUAAAGGAAGCUGGGACUGCAGCUGACGAAAUGGCUGGCAUCCCAAUCGUUCAGAUCGAUCUACAGACUAAAAAACCUGGGGUCAUUUUCGUGCGUCUCUUUGGAAGUUGCCAAAGUUGGUAAGGUAAGGUGUUUUCUCUUGCUGACUUGAGGUUGAAAUGCUUCCCCUGAUGUUCAUCUAUCACAUUCAUUUCGUAGUUUUAUGCUCUUCGUUAUUCAUUAUGAUUACGAAAAUCCUGCGAAGUGUUUAAGGCGAUGUUCUAAUAUUUGAUUAUGUUCUAAAAUUUUCUUGGACUUUUGGAUAUUCUAAUAGGCCUUUUUUGGUAAAGUGAUUAGGGUGUUAGUGUUAGGGUUUAGGAAUUUUUUUUUAGGGUUAAAGGUUUAAUUAUUAGUCUUGUGGUCGUUUGCAAUGAAUGGAUAUUAGUUUACGUGGUUCGGAUAUUAGAUUUUGGUUGAAUUGAUAUUAGUUCGUGCUUUCGAAUAUUUGUUUGGGAAGUUUGGAUAUUCUAAUGGGCACUUUUGGUAACUAUUUCGAUGUGAUCCUUUGUUUAUUUAAGCAUCUAGCACUUUUGGUAACUAUUCGGAUUAGUCUACAACUAUCAUAUAAUAGUAAGUAUGUGGUAGAUAUUAGUCUGUCAUAGUGAUAAUAUCUAUUUUGGGAUAACAUGAUAUUCUUCUGAGACAGAAGGAUAUUAGACUGGGUGGUGUGGAUAUUUGUCUGGGUAGUGUGGAUAUUCGUUUUAGUUUUAGUAUUUAGGGUUCAUUAGUUCAUGUUUUCGGAUAUUUUUUUGGAACGUUUGGAUAUUCUAAUGGGACACUUUUGGUAACUAUUCCGAUGUGAUCCUUUGUUUAUUUAAGCAUAUGAAAUAAUAAUAGUUUUUAUGGUUUAGAGUUUAGUGAUUAGGGUGUUAGUGUUAGAGUUUUUGUGGAACCUUAGAAUAUUCUCGGCUUGGGCAAACAAUAAUAGUUUUAUUUUUUAGUGUUUAGUGAUUAGGAUUUUAGAGUUUAGAGUUUUGGGUUUAGGGUUUAGGGUUAGGGUACAAAUAGAAGAUAUUAGUUGGUGUGUUGUGGAUACUUGUCUUUCCUGGCUGUAAUACUUUUUACUAACCACAAUAUAUUUAUUUAAAAUAUUUUGAUAUUUGUCCGGGUUGUGUGGAUAUUUAUUUGAACCUGAGGAAAUAUUCCCUUAGUUCAUGUGUUUGGAUAUUUGUGUGGAACCUUUGAAUAUUCUCGGCUUGGGCAAACAAUAAUAGUUUUAUUUUUUAGUGUUUAGUGAUAAGGGUUUUAGAGUUUAGAGUUUAGGGUUUAGGGUUUAGGGUUUAGGGUUAGGGUACAAAUGUAAGAUAUUAGUUAGUGUGUUGUGGAUACUUGUCUUUCCUAGUGUUAAUACUUUUUACUGACCACGGGAUAUUUAUUUAAAAUAUUUUGAUAUUUGUCCGAGUUGUGUGGAUAUUUAUUGGAACCUAAGGAAAUAUUCCCUUAGUUCAUGUGUUUGGAUAUUUGUGUGGAACCUUUGAAUAUUCUCGGCUUGGGCAAACAAUAAUAGUUUUAUUUUUUAGUGUUUAGUGAUUAGGGUUUUAGAGUUUAGAGUUUAUGGUUUAGGGUACAAAUGUAAGAUAUUAGUUAGUGUGUUCUGGAUACUUGUCGUUCCUAGUUGUAAUACUUUUUACUAACCACAUGAUUUUUAUUUAAAAUAUUGUGAUAUUUGUCCGGGUUGUGUGGAUAUUUAUUUGAACCUGAGAAAAUAUUCCUUUAGUUCAUGUGUUUGGAUAUUUGUGUCAAUAUUAGAUAUUAGUUUUGCAAUGAAUGGAUAUUAGAAGG